AUGAUCUCCCGUUUAGUGUCCCCGCGAGACAUUUUGCUCCUCGUUGCGGGGGCCGCGUCCAUGUACCUACUAUCUGCGUGGUUCCUCAUCCCGGAUAGAAUCACGGUCAAUACCCAUUUCAACCAAUACCCCAUCGCUCUCGAUCACACUACCGCAAAACUCUCUGGUAGAGCGACUACCACCGUCUACACAACGCGGCAUGCCACCAGGACGAUCAACCAGUUUCGAACUGCCACCGUCACCGAAACCGUUACGGAGACCGUGGCUCCCGAACCUACAAAUUCCAUUGAUCUCGCGCCAGUUAUCCCCGAGACCACGAUCAUUCAGCACGCGCCGGGAUGGACUGUUUUCCGCAAUCUCUACAUGGCCCACGGCACUCUAUACAUCGUCACAUCCGACAGAGAGGCAUUCCCUCAAAUUCGAACAAUGUCGAGUACUGGUAUCGCCUUCAAAAAUAAUCCCGAUAAUAUUGAAGAUCGUGAUGCUACGCCAGAAAAUAUGGACUUCCUGACUCCGGAAGAAGCGAAGGAUCUCUGGGGGCCCGACUUCACGAUCGGUGAAACAUUCAACCGUAUAGUCUCUGUUGAGGGGAGCACAUGGUUGUUCAAUGAUCCGCGCCAGUUUCUUCAUCACUAUUACCACCUGGUUGCAGAGCUUCUUUUUGGUGCCUGGGCCAUCUGGACAGGUUCCUUCACCGAGUCUUCGUACGACACAGUCUUCCAGUACGCCGACGUCUAUUCGCCGCCCCCAAAAGUCGAUCGAAUGAUCUUCGUCCACUCCGAUGCAGAUGGAUGGCGAGAUUCCCCUGGCUUCGAUGCCUAUUUCCUUCGCGCUGCCUUCCCCUCCACCACGAUCGAACAUGCCGAAGACUGGCAGGAUCGUGUCACGAUGAGCACAACGAACACCUCACACGAUGAUUUCUACAGCGCGACGCACCAACGGGCCUGGCACUUCCCACUCGUCCUACUCGCAGAUCGCAGCGGCGCUUUCCGCGGCCAGUCCUGCGGAAGUCGCACCCAGCGCACGGCGUCAGAGGCAUGGGAGGCCAUGAUCACACGUGGGCAGCUGCCGGGUCUGGCUGUUGGCGGGUGGUGGUCGCCCAUUCGCAAAGCAGUUUGGAAGUUCGCCGCGUUGCGCGUUGGGGGGCCGGAGGCGAUGAUAUUGCCGAUGACGCAGCUGCCUGCACCCGAGACUAUCGUGAUCACGUAUAUCAGCAGGCAAGCGGGCAAUCGGAGGAAGCUCAUCGACGAAGAUCACGAAGGACUUGUUAGCGCACUGCAGGAGCUGGUGGAUCGGAAGGGUCAGGGAUGGGAGUUCCAGCUUUUGGAGGCAGAGAAGAUGACGAAGGAUUCACAAGUGCGAGCGGUAUCGAGGAGUACUAUUAUGCUUGGAGUGCAUGGGAACGGACUCACGCACCUUGUUCUGAUGCCCCCGUCGCGGCUGUCCACCGUUAUAGAGAUAUUCUACCCCGAAGGCUUCGCCCACGACUAUCAAUGGACAACAACUGCUCUUGGAAUGACGCAUUUCUCAGUUUGGAACGAUACGUAUCAUUCCGUCUUCGACAAGCCUAGCGUCCACUAUCCGGAGGGCUUCCAAGGCACAGAAAUACCAGUCCACGGUCCUACGGUUGCGAAACUGAUCGAGGACCGCGUCGAAGGCCGACUGUAA